GGAGCCUGCGCCUAAGUGUCCGGGAGAGGAAGGAACGCGGCACGGAACCUGGCUUUGGGACGGCUAGGUCUUCGGCGCCCUCGGCCCCAGAGGCGGAGCCGGAAGCUCUGCGGUUUCAUUCCUGCGCCCCUCCGUUGUCGAAGGGGCAGUUCUCUUCCUCUCGACCCGUUCCGCCUGCCUUUCUCCCCCUUCACCCGCAGGCCCAAGUCCCCAGCCUGGCCGGGCGGUGUUGCCGGAGCUCCCGGACCCGGAAGAAGCACUUACUCCUUCCUCCGCCAUGGAGCCCACCGCGCCGUCCCUCACCGAGGAGGACCUGACAGAAGUGAAGAAGGACGCUUUAGAAAAUCUGCGUGUAUACCUGUGUGAAAAAAUCAUAGCUGAGAGACAUUUUGAUCAUCUACGUGCAAAAAAAAUACUCAGCAGAGAAGACACUGAAGAAAUUUCUUGCCGAACAUCAAGUAGAAAAAGGGCUGGAAAAUUGUUAGACUACUUACAAGAAAACCCCAAAGGACUGGAUACACUGGUUGAAUCUAUUCGGCGAGAAAAAACACAGAACUUCCUGAUUCAGAAGAUUACAGAUGAAGUGCUGAAACUUAGAAAUAUAAAACUAGAACAUCUGAAAGGACUGAAAUGUAGCAGCUGUGAGCCUUUCCCAGGUGGAGCCACAAACAACUUCUCUAGAUCAAAUUCAGAUGAGAGUAAUUUCUCUGAAAAACUGAGAGCAUCCACUGUCAUAUACCAUCCUGAAGGAGAAUCCAGCACCGCCCCCUUUUUUUCUACUGAGUCUUCUCUGAAUUUGCCUGUUCUCGAAGUUGGCAGAACUGAAAAUCCCACCUUCUCUUCAACUACACUUCCCAGACCUGGGGACCCUGGGGCUCCUCCUUUGCCACCGGAGCUGCAGUUAGAAGAAGAAGGAACUUGUGGAAACUCUAGUGAGAUGUUUCUUCCCUUGAGAUCACGUGCUGUUUCCCAUCAAUGACAGUUUACAGCCUUUUAUUUUUUUUAAUAACAACAAAAAAUAUUUGAAAGUGUAUCAUUCUUUUUAUAAAAUUGCUGUAAUGAAAACAUUUGAUAUAUGUCUUUUAAAAUGCAAUGGAAGCAUACUUUGUAAUUAGACUUUUUUUUAGGACAAAAGAAGCAUACUUUGAGAUAGCUAAAGAAAAUCAUGUUGAUCAUGUGCUUUUCAGUGUUUUCUGUUCUUUGCAUUUUUGAGGUAUCGAGUGUUUUCACGUUUUUUAUGUGAAAGACUAACUUUAAUUUUUUAUGUAAAGACUAACAGGGAACAUUUCUCUAUUUGAGAAUAGAGUCUGAGGCUGGGAAUAAUGUCUCAGUGCAUUUGUACUAAAAUAUUCACAGUCUCAUAGUCUUUUCCAACUAUUCAGCAGUAAAUUUGCAGGUUAAGCUACAUCUAUAUGGUAAUAAAGCCAAUCACUAACAGAAAAACUGUAGUGUACUGAAAAGAAUCUCCCAGUCUCUUAGGCUUAGAGACACUUACAGAGUCCCCCUCUGAUGCAGAGGAACAUCUAAGGGAGUUUGAGCCACCUAGGAUCUCAGUUUGCCAAUAUACAUUUCUUAUUAACCUUACUAAUCAAUACUGUUUUCUUAGGAUUUUCACAACCUUUGCUUUUUCAUUCCUACAGAAAAGUCUCGGCAAAAGCCCACGAUGACAUGUAAUUUGGUGAGAUUUUAAAAAUAGUUUUCUGUACUUUUCAUUCUCUUUUAAAAUGAGGACCACUGUACAAGCUGAAAGAACUAGGGCAAAAUGUUGUAUGUGUAUAUCUAUGUGCCAGUUCUGUCUUUAAUACUUUUUGGAACAAGUGGGCCAUCAGCCUGAUGUGUCUUUUUAUUUUAACAGAGUUUGGCUAAUUUUACAUCUUUAUAAAUUUUAUGCUGUCAUUGUUUUUAUUUAAAUUAUAAUUCUGCCUAUUUCCUGAUAAUAUGUCUCAUAUAUUUUCAUUACUUUUAAAAAGCAGAGAUGGAGAUAUGCUUUUAACAAUAAAAGUUUUUCAAUUAUAGUGCUAUUUUUUUUGGAAGUUUCAGGUAUUUCAAUAGGAAGUAAAUACCUAAAAUGCUUUUUUUAUAUGUGCCAAUUUUUACAGAAACAUUACUUCAAGUUGUGAAAUCAAAUUGCAUUUCAGGAUAGACUGAUGCCUUUAUCAGUCACGAAGAAGAUUGGCAUAUUCUUCAGAUAAAUUUUUUUCAAGCCUAAGUGGUUUUUUGUAGUGUAACAUUUUCUAAAGAUUAUGGGAAGCAUGUUUCACCUUUAGUGAGGCAUA